ACGGCGAGAUCUUGCGCGAGCUGUACACAGAGGAGGAGGAGGAGGAGGUGGAGAGCAGAGCGCGCGAGGAGGCGGAGAACGCAUCAUUCCGAACUCAGCGUUCAGCUCGCGCGCAUUCUUUCACGGACUUCUGCGGAGGAAACACGGAGCGCGAGAGAGAGAGAGAGAGAGAGAGAGAAAGAGAGAGAGAGGGGGAGGUUGAAAGAGUUCGGCUCUCUGGGUUUUUUUUUUUUUUUUUCUUCCUCGCUCGCGCGGGCGCGCGUGUGUGCGUGUGUGUUUUCCGUUACCCGGACAUGUCGUUCCCGCAGCUGGGCUACCCGCAGUACCUGUACGGUGUCGGAGCGGCGGCUGACCGGCAGCUCCUCGCGCCGUCGUCGGUGUCUCCCGCGUCUCCGCCGUCCUCGCGCGGGGCCAACUGCGACGUGGCGGGGAGCGCGUGCGCCGUCACCUCGCUGCUCGCGGCAGGAGCCGGCGGCGCCGGUGGCGUGUACGCGCACCCGUACGGCUACGGCGCGUUCCUGCCGUACACCAGCGCCGCCGAGCUCGCGCUCUUCUCCCAAAUGGGUUCACAGUAUGAUCUAAAGGACAGCCCCGGCGUCAGUUUUGCCGCCCACGCGUCCCCCGCCGCGUUCUACCCCUACGCCGGGUUCCAGUACGGCGACGCGUCGAGGCCCAAGAACGCCACGCGUGAGAGCACCAGCACGCUGAAGGCCUGGCUGAACGAGCACCGCAAGAACCCGUACCCCACCAAGGGCGAGAAGAUCAUGCUGGCCAUCAUCACCAAGAUGACGCUCACGCAGGUGUCAACGUGGUUCGCCAACGCCAGGCGGAGACUCAAGAAGGAGAACAAAGUGACGUGGGGCGCGCGCGCCAAGGAGGACGGCGAAGACGGCGCGAUCUUCGGCAGCGACAACGAAGACAAGCGCGAGGACGAGGAGGAGAUCGACCUGGAGAGCAUCGACAUCGAUAAGAUCGACGAGAACGACGGGGAUCGCAGCAACGCCGAGGAGGAGGAGGACGACGACGAAGACGACGAGGACGAGGACAAACGAGCACGCAAGCUCCUCAAGGAGCGAGACGACGCGCACGCACACGCAAACGCUCAUGGUAACGCUAACAAAAACAUGACCAUCAUGACAUCGCCAAGCCUCCAGCUCCCCGUCAGCAGCAAACCCAAGAUCUGGUCGCUAGCGGAGACGGCCACGAGUCCGGACGUGUCCAAAAACGCUGGCGUCCAACAUCCGGCCUUCCUCGCUAACCACAGACUGUACACCUGCCCCAUCGGCAAGAUCCACAGCUGGAACAACAGCGCCUUCCUCAGCCACAACUCGCUGCUCAACGUCCGCUCGCUGGUGGGAGUAAAUCAGAACCAUCAUCAUCAUCAUCAUCAUCAUCAUCAAACACAACAACAACAACCGCAGCAGCAGCAGCAGGGUGUAAUGGAGAAGGACAAAAGCCCAGAGCAGCUCAGCCCCAAACACACAGAGCGGGGAGUCGAGUCGCCCACACACACCAUCACAAAGUCCUCGUUCAGACCUCUUCACGACGGUCCCAGGAAUCCGCAUCGAGUCGUCACAACCUGAUCGCCGCACAUAAACACUCUAAAACAUGAAAUAAAAUCAAUCAAUAAAUCAAUAAAUAUGUAUGGAUAUUUGGAGUUUUGUAAAUAUAAUAUUAAUAUGAAUAAUAUUAUUAAUAAUAAUAAUACUAAUAAUAAUAAUAGCGCUUAAAUUUAUCCCGGGAUAAUGGGUAGGUUUGACUUCCUCUCUCUGUGUUGGUGUUUUUAUUCAUUUUUAUGAUUUUUCCCUGUAAUUAUUUUUGGGGUUUUUUUUUGUUUGUUUGUUUGUUUUUGUUUUUCUGUAAAUGCAGCAUCAAAUCUGUAAAUAAUGACUUGACGGAGUUUGUGCAGAUCAUAUAUUUUGUCUAUAAUAAAGUCAACAAAUUAUAGAGACA